GGGCAACAAUCAGCAACAGCGCUGAGCGCCAUUAAGUUGCCGCAUUUAUUCGGUGUGACUUCGUCAUCUGGCGGACUUUCGCUGUGAUCUAUGACAUUUUUCUAUUUCUCGUUUUCGGGCGAUAGUGCAUGGGGUCGAGGCAAACAUCGUUGAAGUCCCAAUAUGGACGUGUGAUGGAAUGUGUUUGGUAGAUUCGCUUGAAAUCAAUUAGAAGUACGUGAGGCGUGACAUUUUCGAAGGAUUCUUUGGACCUGCAAGAGGCUGCCGAAAAAUUUGCUAUAAAAAUCCACUUGCGACUUGCCGAUGCUUUUAGUACAGAAAGAAACGGUAGGCUUGCGAGAAGCAAAAUUCGAAGUGACGAUGAAAUUCGCUCUAGUAUUUGUUAUCGGGUUGGCAAUGGUGGUUGCAGCUCCUUUGGAAGAUAAGGAUGCACAUAUUAUACAGUACGAAAAUGACAAUCAAGGCGUUGAAGGGUACAACUUUAAGUACGAUACCAGCAAUGGAAUUCAAAGGAUAGAACAAGCCCAACUCAAGAACUUUGGCGGAGACAUCAACGCUUUAGUUGUUCGUGGAUCUUACUCUUAUCUCGGCGCCGAUGGUCAAACCUAUACCGUGAACUACAUCGCCGAUGAGAACGGAUUCCAACCGGAGGCGACUCAUAUUCCACGGUUGUGA